AUGUCGGGUCCGGGGUUCGUGACAGGACGGUCACUUGAUCAAGGACACCGUGACAGAGGCCCAGUCGUAGGAUGCUCCCUGCCCUUGGUCAAGGCUCAAAUGCCAGGGUCUGGAGCGGGCCAGUACCGAAAGAGACCUGAGAAUUCUGCUCGCUUGCAGAUCAUUGAAGAUCGGGUGCAGGACGGCUGCGCAGUGCUCAAGUUCAGAUUGCUGGGUGGGUGGUUUGUUGGUGGCUCAAGGCGCUGUGAGACAGGUCUUUGGAAUGCUGCCGACAUCUUUAUUCAAUCUUCCGCAUUGCAAGCAGUCUGCAGUGCAGUGAUGGGAUCCUUGCGGUAUCUGCAGCUAAGCACGAUGUCUUUUGACAGAAGCUUCAUGAUGGAGGACCCAGCGUACGCCGGAGUUGGCAGCGACGAUGCGGCCGAGGGAGUUCCGCACUACGAUGCGGUCCUGGUCCCGCCAUUUCCCGCGAUCCGGGUCAUCUCCUGGCUUCCGAAGCUGCGCCGGCCAGACGGCGAGGCGGAGCGGGAUGCGAACGGAGAUCAGCUCCUGGGAAGGCGUGCUUGGUUUGCCUUGGACAACAGAAGGCUCUACUCGUUGCAGUGCGCAGCAGCGAAGCGCUUUCCGCGCCGCUGUUGUGUCGUAGUACGCUGCAUCGAGGACGUGCCAGGUGGAGAGAGCAUUCGAGAGCUUCGGAAGUUUCGGACCACCACGGAGGGGAGGUCCGUGGAUGUGGGUGUCAGGGCUGGAGAGUGCCGGCCAUUCAGUUGGAUACAGGCUGCACCGCCUGGCGCCCACAUGGGGCGUGCCAUGGAGGUGGAAGGCUUGUACGCAGAGGAUUUGUUUGAUGCCCUACAAUGGGCCCCGCAGGCAGUCAAGGCCGCUGCCAUGAUUGGUCAACAGGAGGAGGAAAACGAAAGGAUGCAGACUACCGAAGGUGCUCGCACCCUUCCGGUCGCGCAGACUUCCAGAAGAAAACGCAGGCGAAGCCGUUCUAGGCGGAGCCGUAGCCGAAGUCACGAGAGCUUCGGGAAUCAGAGUCGCCCUGUGGCCACCGCGGGCCGGGGGCGUAGUCACUGGGAGAUGCCAAACCGCUGGAGCCGGGAGAAGCCAAAGGAAGAGGCAUGGCCCGAGACGGGUUCGAGACAAAAUCGGUGGAAUCAGGAUAGACAAGACAGCAGGGGCCCUGGCGGAGAUAGCUCAUGGCAUGGUUCCGGCAGCAGGGAUUCCUCCCUGCAGCCCCUGCCACGUCCGGGCUACGACCGUGACAGGCGCCUGGCGCAGCUCGACGACGACCCUCGCUACUUCCCAGGUGCCGAGCUGGGAAAGGCACAGAAGGCUGCAAUGGGGAUAAAGGGGAUGCACGGGCGCAACACGGCGUCCUUUGACCCACGUUCGACACUCGUGCGACCCGCCAUGCGUGUCAUCUACGGCAGGAAGGGGCAUGAGUUUGGAGAAAGCACGAAGCCGGACGAUGUGGUGGUCGUGCCAGAGCUGCUGUGCGACACGGGCGACCUUGGAAUUCUGAAGCGAGUGGUUGCAGAGCUGGCGCCGCUUACGAAAGGUCAAGUCGACCCCAGCGAGAUGCCAGCAGUGAAGAGCCUGGCUGCGCGCAUGUCCCAGUACUUCCAAGUGGAUCCGGACAGCGCCUCCUUCCGCGUGCGCUGGCACCGUGCUGACGGCAAGCAGCCGGUGGAAGUCGCAUCUCCUGGGUUUCGCCUAGCGAAAGGUGCGGGAAGCUGCAUGCUGAAUUUAUCACUAGGGGCCACCUGCGAGCUCGCGUUCAAGCGUGCGAAGACGGGUGAAAUCCUGUACUUCCCCCAAGCAAACGGCACCCUAAUGCUGAUGGGCUACGAAGUGGUCAGCAGCUGGCUCCCGGGCGAGUCCAAGCGGCCGGCGCGGGAACACGUCUCCAUCACGGUGUCCGGACGAAGCCGCAAGGCGGUCGAAGAGGAGGCGCUCGCCGACACCGUGGCCGCCGCUACCAAGGAGGGGCCGUGCAGAGACUUCCGGUUUGGUCGCUGCAGCUAUGGCGACAACUGCAAGUUCUCGCACGACCAGGAGAAGCAGGGGGUGCGGGAGGAGGCGGUGCCGCAAUCCUGGCCGGACCGUCCCAGCAUGCGUGUGAUCACGGUCCCUGCUUCCCAGCGCUAUGCAGCUCCGGUGAAGCACGAUGACGUAAUCGUGGUUCCCGAGUUCUUCUGCAAAGAGGAGGACUGGGACACCUACUACACUCUUAUCAAGGAGAUGCGCGAAAGCCAAGCCAACGGCGAACGCAAGGCGGAGUGGAUUCCUUGGCACGAAGGGGCCCACCUGCUCAGUCAAAAUCCGACGGGCUCGGCAACGUACACCAAGGUGGUGCAGCGAAUGUGUGAAUACUUCAAGGCGGCGGAGGGCAACCGUGGCACCCGCUUCAAUUGGUACCGGGACGGUUCUGACUGGAAGCCUUUCCACCAUGAUUCCGCUGCCUUCAACGAAGCACGAGCGGCCACCCAGAAUUGUACCGUCGGCAUCUCCUUUGGAGCUUCGCGGGAGCUGGCUUUCCGGCAUGCCAAAACGGGCGAGCUGAUUUACUUCCCGCAGAAGAACGGCAUGCUGUUUUACUUCGGGCGCGAUGCGAACAUCAUCUGGCAGCAUGGUAUCAAUGCCUUGCCGGACCCGGAGCAGGAUGGAAAGGGCCGCAUCUCCAUCAUUUGCUGGUGCCUAUGCCAGCUUGGUGUGGAAGAGAAAGGGUCGCCAGGUAUGCUCACGGACGAGUCCCGGGGCAGUUUCAGCAUGCACGGCAAGGGCAAGGGCAAGGGCAAAGGAAAGGGAGAUGGAGUUUGCCGCGACUACCAGAGGGGAUCGUGCUCCUACGGCGACAAGUGCAGAUUCCUGCACAGGAGCUAG